UUGCUAUUCUCAUUUGUUUCACAAUAAAAAAAGUUUAAUUUUGACAUUUAUACCACAGCAGCCAUUGGGUAAUUUGUUUAACCACUUAAUAAGCAAAAACCAUUCGUCACAUGUAAACAUUUCAAAAGUAAACAGAUAAAGCCCGCAAUUCACUAAGCCAACAAGCACCUCAGAAGUUAUUAAGUUGGCAGCGCUAUUUUUAAAUUUUCGACCAUUUGGCGGUAUUAUUUUGCAGCACUGCUAAUUCAAUCGAUAUCAAGCUACGAACAAUCGUAACAGGGCAGCUUUCUCGAUAGGCUUUGUCACUGUAAGAAAGUAAACAACUGUGAAGAUUAAGUAAAGCUGGAUAAUUCACGUAAAAACAUUUACUUAAGUGAUGGAUAGUCAAGCACCGAUUGAUGAUCUAUUAUUGGACAUUGUGGACAAUGCAUGGCGCAUGGAAGCACUGCCAUACGAUCAGAUAUUAGUACCAAUUGAGAAAUUGCCCGAUCCCGAAGCCGAUGGUGGUGAUUCACAUCUGACCUUGAGCGAGCAGGAACAAAAGUGGACAGACCUGGCGCUUGGCUCGCUGGCACCGGACGCUGCCUUAAUCGAUCAACUCAAUAUAACCGCUAUCUAACCAAGGACGAGCAGCCAGCG